AUGGUGUGGCGUAAGGAUAAAUUUACGUAUCUGUGCGCGGUGUUCCUAUGGCUGUUGACCUUAUUUAGCGGACUUAACGCCGUGAAGAUAGUGAAAAUUGUGGUGCCAGAAAUAAUUCAGUACGGUGUACAAGACGCCGUGAUAUUAGACUGUGAUUAUGAGUACGAUAACGAUACAUCGGGUUUAGUUGUGAAAUGGUUCUUCAAGAACAAAGCGAGACCCGUUUAUCAAUGGAUUCCAUCGCAGAAACCUCAGGAUUUGGGAAUAUUAAGAGGUCGAGUCGAUUUGACGUAUCGUGUUUCAAACGAUCCCUUAAAAAUGCAUAGAGCUCUUCGUAUUGUAAAACCUAACACAGAUAUUUCUGGUGAAUAUACGUGUGUCGUGUCGACGUUUAUGGAUGAAGACUCGAAGACGAAACAAAUGAUUGUAUUCGUGCCGGAGACGAACUUCCGCCUGAUACAGAACAAGACUGAUGAUGACACUGUAAACGUCAUCUGCGCGGCGGAAGGCGCCUUCCCUGCGCCCAACCUCACUCUCGCCACGCCUGAGAGGCGACUAGAUGGCGUGUCCCACAGUCUGAAGCUGGUCAAUGGACGGUAUUCAGCGGUAGCGUCCGUCACGCUACUGGACGCGGAUCUCCCCUCCCCUGCGGAGUUUAUAUGCACCUUGAGGAUACCACUCGCGAAUUACGCGGUGCGGAAAGAAGCUAUUUACUAUCCAGGACCUAUCAGCACCACUCCCGAGUUGCCCACCGCUGCAGACAUGCAGUUAGCAGCUGCUGUAGGAUCUACAGGAACAAUUUUUUAUGCAACAGCAAACUUACUUUACUUGGUUAUACUGCAAGCUAUAGCUCAAAUAACUAUAUCAUAA